AUGGCUAUUGAUCACAUGGUCCUCAAGGUCUCUGCCGACAAGUACCAGGAGACUCUCAAGUUCUACACCGAGGUUCUCAAGACGCUCGACUACGAGCUCCGUCACUCGGUCGGCGACGUCGUUGCCGGACUCGGUCUCAAGUCGGGCCCCACCGGCGCCGCCGACCUGUGGCUCGCCGUCAGCGACACCCCCAUUGAGAUGCACGUUGCCUUCCGUGCCGAGAACCGUAGUGUUGUUGACGCCUUCCACGCCGCCGCCCUCGCCGCUGGUGGUUCCGACAACGGUGCUCCCGGCCUGCGCCCCCAGUACCACCCCGACUACUACGCCGCCUACAUCACGGACCCCGCCGGUAACAACAUCGAGGCCGUUCACCACCACCCCGCGUAA